GACCUUUUCAUGACGCCCCGUGAAAGUGGGUCGGGUGAGGGCGUAGGUGGGCAUUUGGUCAACUUAAGAGAUCUGGUUUUGGUCAUUUGCCCUGCAUGGUAUUUAAGGGUUCUCCCAGUUUCAGAGAAAGUCUUCCAGAGACGUUUCAAUUCUCCGUACUCUUAACACGCAGAAGACGGAGUAGAACUCCAGACGCCAAUCUCGCCGUGAUAACCGGGAACUCAGUCGUAAAUUCAGAGCAGAGCAGGUGUCAUUAACGUCGGAGAAAAUGACUGAAUUCGAAGACGACACGGAAAAUGAAGCUGACAAGUCAGAGACACAGCCACUCUUAGACGGUAACAAAAGGACUGCAAAAGACACCGCUUCAGCAUGCCGCUUACCGAUCGAACCCAUCCCCACGUUCUUUCUUCUCGCCAUUGGUAUACAAAGUCCCCUUUUGAAGGAGUUUCUGUACUACAAACAAUGUGAAAAUAGUAACAUCACGUUUGUUUGGAACGACAAUUCCUCCAAGUGUUUCUUAAACAUGUCUGAUCCCGGGUACCUGGCUCAACAGAAGGCCCAGGCUGGCGCUUCACAACAGCUUCUGUACCAUAACAUGGGCCUGUAUAUGGCAGCGUGCUUCUCUGCCGUGUUCUUUGGGGUUUGGAGCGAUCUAAGCCGAAGGAGAAAGGUCGCUAUCGUGCCUCCAAUCUUCGGAGGAAUCAUCCAAGCCACCUUGUAUCUGCUACUAAUGGGAUUUAGGUUUUCUUUCGAAUUUGUCAUCAUUGGUAUCACAUUUGUUGGUCUUUUUGGUUACUGUUUCACUCCAUUUGUUGGCAUCAAGGCCUACUUAGCCGACAUAACACCCCGCUCCCAACUUACAUUUCGACUGGCUGUGCUCAGUGCUUUUGAAGGUAUCGGCAUUGCGCUUGGGUACAUAUCGUCGGGUCUCUGGGUUCAAUGGCAAAAAUCUUUCACCACAUCGAUGUGGAUCCCAUUAGGACUGUUUGUUUUCAUAUUUCUGUACGUACGACUUCUUCCCGAGUCUUUGCCGAGGUCCAAAAAAGAACUAUUUUCGUGGUCGUAUGUCAGCGCUUUCAGGCGAGCAUGCAGCUCGGUCAAAAAUUCCAAUAUCGACUGGGGCAUGUUGGGCUGCUAUUACAUUGCCUACAUUUCCACGCAUUUUGCUGAUGGGCCUUUUUCUGAGAUACUGAAUCUCUUCUUGAUGGGUUCGCCUUUUUGUUGGGAUCCUGCUAAGAUUGGUAUACUCCUUGCUGUCAUGUACCUUGGAGCAUACAUAAUGAGUGCGGUGGGAAUCCGUCUGUUGGGGCGCCUCAUGGAUGACCUGUGGAUCGCACAGAUAGGCAUCCUGUCCGACGUGCUGGCAAACAUACUCAUGGCCGUGUCUGCUUACCUUCCACACCGGGACAUCAUUCCGUUCAUAGUCCCCUGUGUCCGAAUGUUAGGCCGAAUGCAGCAUUCUGUCAUCACUUCUGGAAUGUCUAAACUUGUUCCACAGGACCGACAAGGCUCAGUGUUCGCGCUCCUGUACUGUUUUGAAGCCAUCAACAAGCUGACACAGUCGCUGGUGUUCCUUCCCGUGUACCGGGCGACUCUGCACUGGUUCCCCGGCUUCGGUUUCCUCAUCGGCCCGGCGAUCAGCUUCAUCAUCACCGUUCCUGUGCUCGGAUUCGUGCAUUACCGCACGCGCAGUCGGUCUACGAGAAGUCAACUCACAAUCAACUAGUGUCACCUGCAAGAAAUCUUUUUCGACAUGAUAUUCCUAAGAUAUUCUUUAGAUUUGGGUGUACGAUGCUAUUUCAAAUACACAUUCGGAGAUGGGGUACAAUAAGUUGCUACUUGGUUGGUAAUAUUAGGGCUUUGGCAUCAAUGUUUUCACUUCCUGUAGAUCUACAACAAAUUCCAAAAGGAUGAUGUUAGCUCUUGCAAAGUUUAAGUAUGCAGAAUGUUUUAGUAUGUAGAAUACUGAAUCCUGGUGCAGGCAAACGAAAGCGUUACCUCAACUGCAAAACGCUAAAAUCCACAGUGCAUUGCCUCCUGUCAAACUGAGGAAGAACUGCAGAAGGCAAUCACGUGCGGGUUCCCUGCAAACAUCUGGUCCGCACGUGAGGCUGGCAGGGUUCAGAUGAGGUGAUAACCAGGCUGGUAUAAGGGAAGGAGAACAGCACAAGGGAAGCAUGCAGGGCUCGUUGGUCUAGUGGCAUGAUUCUCGCUUAGGGAACAUCUUCAUCCUUCUAAGAUGCGAGAGGUCCCGGGUUCGACUCCCGGACGAGCCCGUCUUUUUGCCACAUCUUUCUUUUUAGGGAAA